AUAAAAAAGAAGAUUACUUAUUUUGACGUUUAUGUGAAAAGAAUUAUUGACAAGUAAGGCAUUUCUCACGUUUUCUGUCAUUUAAAAAUGGCUAGUGCCCGAAGUCUAUUUGGAAUUUUGAAUACAAAAAAUGUAUUAAUUUAUACGCAUUCACAAAUAACGAACAAAAUUUCGAGGAGGUUCCUUCAUCAAUGUUUUCAAUGUAGAGAUCGAAUAGUUAUAAGUUCCGGUAGCAGCAAUAAUUUAAUCCAAAAUUCCAUUCAGCCGAAACGGUUCAUCCAUUUAACCAACGUCGUCAACGCGAGGAAAGACUAUUAUGAAAUUUUAGGCGUAGGUAGAAAUGCUUCGGGUUCGGACAUUAAAAAAGCCUAUUAUAAAUUGGCCAAAAAGUACCAUCCCGAUGUGAAUAAAGACGACCCCGAGGCGUCUAAGAAGUUCCAGGAAGUCUCAGAGGCCUACGAGAUAUUAGGGGAUGACACUAAGCGUAAACAAUACAAUACAUGGGGAGCUACGGCCGAUCAAAUGGGCGCUGGAAUGGGUGGUGGAACUGGUGGAAAAAGCUACGGCCCCCAGGGCUUCAGUCAACAAUGGGAGUACCAAUCGACUAUAAAUCCCGAGGAAUUAUUUAGGAAAAUAUUCGGAGACGCUUUCGGCAAAAGCUCAAACAGCAAUCCGUUCGAAGACUUUGCCGAAUCUAAUUACGGUUUCGGGGAAGCCCAAGAGGUUGUAUUGAGAGUGAGUUUCACUCAAGCGGCUAGAGGUACAAAUAAGGACGUCAAUAUCAACGUAGUGGAUAUUUGCCAAAAGUGCAGGGGUUCCAGAUGCGAACUGGGUACUCAAGCUUCGAAAUGCCAGUUCUGCAACGGUACCGGCAUGGAAACAAUAUCUACAGGACCGUUUGUGAUGAGAUCCACUUGCAGAUACUGCCAGGGGUCUAGGAUGUACAUAAAACACAAAUGCACCGAAUGCCAUGGUAAAGGUUCCACAGUUCAAAGGAAGAAAGUUACCAUUCCCGUACCGGCCGGUAUCGAAGAUGGACAAACCGUUCGAAUGUCUGUGGGAAACAAGGAGCUCUUCGUCACUUUCCGCGUGGAGAAAUCCGAUUAUUUCAAACGGGACGGGCCCGAUGUUCACACAGAGGCGGAAAUUUCGAUUGCGCAGGCGCUCCUAGGCGGUACGAUUAGGAUACAAGGGUUGUACGAAGAUCACACUAUUCAGAUUAUACCGGGCACUUCUUCUCACACAAGAAUCCGUCUGAGCGGCAAAGGGUUGAAGAGAGUGAAUGGUUACGGUCAUGGGGAUCAUUACGUGUUGUUCAAAAUCAUCGUACCGAAGCACUUGAACCAGAAACAGAAAGCUUUAGCAAUGGCUUAUGCGGAAUUGGAAGCCGACACGCCGGGCACCAUUAUGGGAAUUACGCUCAAGAAAGACGGUAGCAAAAUGUUUACUGCAAACGAAAAAGUAGAUCUUUUAGAUGCGAUUCGCUCGGCUUUAGAAGGUAAGGAAAGUACGGAUAAAAAAACUAACGUUGAUUUACUGACCGAUAGGAAAGAAAGCGUACAACAAGUAGAGAAUAGCGAAAAGUCCAAAGAAAAUUCGAAUAAGAGUAGCGGUAAAAAUGGAAACAACGAGCCGGAGAGCGACGGCGAAAUUGCAAAAAUGAAAACUAAAAAUUGAAAAACAUGUUGAAAAUUCUCCUUAGUAAACGAAAGGUUUAAAUUUUUUUAUUGAAUUGUUACUUGCGUUGUAAGUGUUGAUGUAAUACAACCCUAUCGAGAAAUGACUUGGCAUUUCAUUAAAAGUUCAAUAAGGCUCUUAAAAUAGCUUUUAUUCAUCAAUAACAUUUAGUAAUAAAUAAUCUUUAUAAUAAAGGAAUGUUUUUUACAAAAGGAAUUGAAUAAUAUGGAGUAAUUAUAAAUAACGGUUAAAUCGAGACAAUUUGAUAUCAUAACGAAUAUAAAUUUCAUGGUAUAAAUGUCGAUGUCGAAUUAACAAAAAGAAGUAACAAUGCCGGCGUUUUCUUUUUGUAAAUUUUAUCUAUAAUAGUGAGUAAAAUGGUACACAUUUUCCUCAUUAUGUAGAGUAUCGACUACCCCUAUCGUUAUUUUAUAGAUACCUCGUAUAUUAUCCAAUUUAACUUGUAGUUUUCCAAAAUCAAUCGAGCGUGGCGAAAAAGUCAGGUCAAUGCAACAGCUUUCCCAGGCGCAUUACAACGAAUAAAAUAUACCUCGUAAAAUAUAAAUCGUCAUAUAGAGGGUGUCUCAUUAAAAGAACAGAGGUUCCUUAUGACACACCCUGUAUAUAUAUUUUCCUCGUUCAUUAUAUAUUUUCACGCCACAUCAAAUCGACUUUGGAAAGAAGCAGUUUGUUCACAUAACUAUAAAAAAAUUCUCUUCUAAUCACGUAUUUAUCACAAUCAAAUCCAUCAUACACAUAACAUUCGGCUAAUCGGUUAAAACAUUUGCUAAAUUUCCUAUUAAUACGAAGAAUUUUCCGGCGAAAAUUCUUACCAGUCUUUUCUACGGCUAAAACGAAAGUUUGUAAUAACAAAAAAAUGCGAUAUUGCGUGAAUAAUAGACUAAUUAUUUUUGACAAAUUUUCAUGAUUCAUUAUUACUUCAGCUGUUCAAUCGAUUUUUUUUCAUUUUACAAACUGCAGGUCUAAAAUUCAACAAUCACAAUUAUAAUCCAAACAAUUUAUAAAAUAAUUAUAGGCAAUAACAGUCGAAGAAACAGCACUAAAAGAGAUAUCCAUUGCAAUCUAAAUUUCGCAUCGAGUGAAAAUUUCAAAAAAGAAAAAUCCUAAACAGGCGCGAAAGCCAAAAAAUCGAACCGAACAAUACAAAAUUCCCUAUAACUCGUCGAUUGUGCAUGGAAAGCGAGGUUCCCGUAAACCUAAUCAGACUCGCAAAGGGCCCGGCCCCUUGACCCCGUCUCCUAGCCGGAUAUGUGCGCGACACGUCGCUUUGUACUCGUUAAAAAAAGGCCCGCAGAAGCGGCUUCAGGUGUUCGUCAGCAGGCCGAGUUUCAGUCCCAAGCCGACGAUGCCCCUGCUGGCGGAAGUUUGCAACAGCGACACCACAGUGGCUGCCAGCGUGACGGCUAUUUCUAAGUACAAGGCGUAGAACAGCCUGGUUUGGCCCUCGACGGUGGCUACGCCGCCGGCUGCGGUGAAGUCCAGCGGGAACAUGAAGCAGUCCACGGGGUCCCGUUGACGGACGAAACCGAACAGAAUCACUCCUGCAAUUUACGGUCGUAGGUAAAAGUGGUUCAAGUUUGUCCAGCAGGAAUUAACGGGACUGUUCGAAUGAAA